CGGGUGCCGUGGGUGCCUGGUAACCGCGAACGCGGCGGCGGCGGCGGCUGUGACGUGCGGGGCUGCUGUGCUGCGGAACAGCUCAGUGGCCACAGACCGCGCUCCUGGCUGCUUGUGCCAGCCUGGGCUCGUGCAGGCGGCUACACUCGCCAUUCACAAGCGAAUUGUUCGCAGAGCAUUGGUCUCUGCAAAGGAGUCCUCAAAACGCAGAGCAUUGGUCUCUGCAAAAGAUUCCUCAAAAAGCAGAGCAUUGGUCUCUGCAAAGGAGUCCUGAACACGCAGAGCAUUGGUCUCUGCAAAGGAUUCCUGAACACGCAGAGCAUUGGUCUCUGCAAAGGAUUCCUGAACACGCAGAGCAUUGGUCUCUGCACGGGAUUCCUGAACACGCAGAGCAUUGGUCUCUGCACGGGAUUCCUGAAUUUGCAGAGCAUUGGUCUCUGCACGGGAUUCCUGAAUUUGCAGAGCAUUGGUCUCUGCAAGGGAUUCCUGAAUUUGCAGAGCAUUGGUCUCUGCAAAGGAGUCCUGAACAGGCAGAGCAUUGGUCUCUGCACGGGAGUCCUGAAUUUCCUUUGAAGUUUCGUUGAGGCUUUGUCGCUCAUCUGGGAUAUCCUCCCUUCAAAAUGGCUUCUGGAUUCCCAAAAAAGACACCGACACCUCGUCCUUGGUCCAGGGAAAUGCUGAAGUCUUUUACUCUGCGUCCCUCUAAGUCCCUGUGGGAAAAGUUUUUCAGCAUGAAGAAGAAGAUCGAAGCCAGGAGGAGUAUUCUGCCCAGCAUUAACCCAGUUCUAGACAAGAGUGAGCCUCAUCAGAAGCUGUCGUCAGUUCCCCUGAAGCAGAACUUGUUUCAGAUUUCCCCACCAGAGGUGGUAUUUCAGAACUUUGUCACCCAUGAGGUCUCUGAAAUGGUGCUGUCUAUCAUGAAUAAGGACAAGUUUCCUCAGGUGGUGAAGGUCUCCAUGGAGAGCUCGCCUUACUUCCAGCUCACGUGCUCCAACGACGCGUACCGUGUCGUGCUGCCGGGCGCGUCCGCCCCCGUGCGCAUCCGCUUCACCCCCGAGGAGAACAAGGAUUAUUCCCACCAGCUUGUCUGCAUCACUGAAAGUGAAAGGAUAGUUGUGCCAAUUCGGGCCAUUGGUGCCCGAGCUAUCCUGACCUUCCCUGACCAGCUGGACUUCUCGGCCUGUCCGGUCAAGUACAGCACCCAGAAGACUCUGCUGGUUCGCAAUGUCGGUAACCGGGCAGCUCAUUACCAGCUGAGCACCCAGAGUCCUUUCUCCGUGGUUCCGACCACGGGAACUCUGGGCGCUGGCGACAGCAUGCGGGUGACAGUGGGAUUUCACCCGCUGACGACCGGUGACCAUUCCGGGUGGCUGUGCUGCAACACCGGUGAAGAAACUAUCCACACAGAGCUCCACGGAGAAGCUGGAGCUGUCCAUGUUGGGUUGAGCACAAAUUUCGUGGAGGUUGAGACGACUUUCAUCACCAUGUCCAACCACGCAACCAUGUUCAUUAAAAACAGGAGUAACGUCACGGCUCACUUCCAGUGGAAGGCUUUUCCUACUGAGGAAGAGGAGAAUAAAGAGAAGAGGAGGCAGUGUCGUUUUCUUCAGCCAUGGACAGAGAUGUGGCCGGAAGACUUAACGGAGGAGGAAAACACAGAGAAGGAGAAGGGCUCUUGUGAAGAUUACACUGCCCUCCCGAGCAACACGGUCCCGGAGGAGAUAGCAAAGGUGCAAGAGGACCCCAUGCUGUUCUCCGAUGACAUUUUUUCCAUUGAGCCAGUGGAGGGAGUAAUUGGGCCGAAUUGUUCGGCUAAAAUCAAGGUGACCUUCAAACCCCUAGAGGAACUGGAGUACCAAAGUGUGGCUUACUGCAGCAUCUCAGGCUGCGAGAGCAGGCUGCCCCUGUGCCUCACAGGGGAAGGCCACGGACCUUUGGUUGAACUCAGCUGUUCAACACUGAACUUUGGGAACGUUCCUGUCAACACCCCCCGCGUUUAUGAGGUGAAGCUGAUUAACCAAGGAGCUAUUGAUGCUCCCUUCACCUAUAUCCGUUCAACUGCAAACGUGGGCUUCUGCUUCAAGUUUGCACCCGAGGAGGGCAUCAUUGCACCAGGUGGGACCCAGACGAUCCAGGUCUCCUUCAGUGCCACCGUGCUGGGGAGGUUUGAGGAAGAAUUCCAGUUCAGUGUGGCUGGAUCUCCUACGUCUGCAAUCCUGACUAUCAUGGGGUGUGUCACUGGACCGAGUUCACACUUCGACGUCAAUAAGCUCGACUUCAAGGACAUCUCCUCUGGCUCUCGCAACACCAAGACCCGUUGCCUCACUCGCACCUCCUCGGUGUCCCAUAUCGCCCUUUGGGGAGAAGCCCACUUCCCAAAUCUCCAAAUCCAGCCCAGCAGGCUGGAGUUCGUGGGUGGCACUGAAGGAGUGCGCUCUCUGGAGAUGACCAACUGCAGCUCUCUUCCCGUCAAGUACCGCUGGUCAUUCCGCUCGGAGGACAAGCUGGGAUAUGAGCCUUACCCACUUAAAUUCAAACCCCAACCACCAAAGGAGCAGAGAACCUGUUUGGAUUCCUCGGCAUAUAAAAGGAGGUUCCUGAUUAGAAAGGAGGAGGCAGGCAAAGCCCUGAAAGAGGUGCAGGACUUUGCCCAGUCAUUAGGAGCAGAGGCUUUCAGCAUCCUGCCGCUGUCAGGCGUGCUGCAGCCAGGACAGAGCCAGCAGGUCUCCUUCACCUUCUCUGGCCACCGGGACGUCCUCGGCGGUGUGAAGGCGCUGUGCCGCGUGGAGGGAGGCCCCACCUACGAGGUGGAGCUGAUCACCUCACGCGUCAGCUACUCCCUGAGCCUCUGGGAGAUCGACUGUGGCUCUCAGAUGUUUAAUGAAAUUGGUCACAGCACGGUCACCCUGGAGAACACUGGCAGGAUUGAAUUCAGCUGGGUGCUAAAGCCUAGCACUGCCGACCAGCAUCUGCCUGGCGUGUUUCUGGUCAACCCCACCACUGGCUCCAUGGCACCUGGCGAGAAGCAAGCGCUGAAAUUCUCUUACAUGCCAGGAUUACCAGGAGCUUUCAGCAGGAUUUACCAGCUGAAAGUGGGUGACCUGGAGCCGAAAAAUAUCCUCCUGAAAGGAGAAGCGUCCUUUCCCGUGAUCACCGUGAACCUGCCCUGGAACACCAAAGAAAAUGAAAAAUAUGAGCAGCCACUGAAACAGCAUGUAAAACACCUGCAACAGUACAGCCAGAGGAAUAAAUCAGAAAUUGUUCAGAAGACUCAGAGCCUGAAGACUGACACCUUGAAGUCUCAGACCCUGAAAACUCAGACUCCAAAGACUCAGACCUCGGAGACUCAGGAUCCAAAGACUCAGGACCUGAAGCCCCGCGUGCCUGGCUCUGGCAUUGUACCAAGCACUCAGCUGCAGAUGAACACGGUGAGGAUGCUGAUAGAGAAGGCUGCUCUGGAGCUGCAGCAGAAGCUCACGUGCCAUCCCCCGAAGAGCAGGUUCCCUGACAAGCAGCUAUGCCAGAGUCUUGUCAAAGUUGAGCUGCCCGAGUAUGUCCUGGACAUGGGCACUGUCCUUAAGGGUUUCACUGAGAGAAGCACUCUGGAGAUCACCAACCCUGGGCAGAUCCCAGUGUCCUUCCAGGUCGAUGAAUCUGUCCUGCAGGACACAGGUUUCAGCGUGGACCUGGGCCUGAUGAAGAGCCUGGCCCCCAGCCAGACCAUGGCGUUUAACGUGUGCUUUGAAAGUGCCCGCUGGCCGCAGGGUGACGUGGAUGUGCUGCUGCCCAUAGAGGUGACAAAAGGCCCCACGUCUCACAUCCGCCUCCGCGCCACUGUGCUGGAAGCGUCGCUCGACCUCUCCAAGAACACGCUGCAGUUCUCUGACAUCCUGCUCGGGCAGUGCCAGGUUGAGACCAUCCGGCUCUACAACCGCUUCCAAGCACCCUGCAAAUGGUCCAUCGAGCCUGUUCUGAAGAACAAUCACCUCGAAUACAUGACACCAGCCGUACGCCAGAAGUGGCAGGCGCUGGAGGAUGAGCCCUGUCCCUUUGAAGUGAUGCCCUCCCAAGGAACCCUUGAUCCAGGAUGCUGGCAGAACUUAGAAAUCCACUUUACACCCAAGGAGGAGAGGUCUUACAAGAAUGAGCUGAAGCUUAACAUCUGUGGGAGCAGCAAUCACUUAAAGCUGCACCUCUCAGGACAAGGUCUGGAGCCACGGCUGGAGUUCAGCCCCCCAGCACUAAAGAUGGGACCGGUGCUGGUGGACAGCGAUGGGGUGGAGGCCACAGUGGUGGUGAAGAACCCCUGCGACUUCCCCAUUGAGUUUUACUCCCUGGAUUUUGAUGAGCAGUACCUUGAGGAGGAGAAGAUGCUGGAACACGUGGGACUGCAUCCCCACGGGCCUCCCCUUGCCCCGGCUGCUGUGCUCUCCAUAGUGGAGUACCCAGAGGAGCGGCUGGGCCCUGCAGAGCGCGUGGAGCCCUUCACCAUUGUGGCACCGGGAGGUGCUGCUGUGGAAGACAAUCCGGCCAAGGCCCCGGAUGCGAAGGGCAGCUCUGCCGAGGGCCAGCCAAAGAUGGGUAAAGCGGCCAGCAGAGACAGCUCUCCAGAGGAGAACCAGAUCUCCACAGGCAGAGCAGAAAGUUCCUCCGCAACAAGAUGCAAAAGUACGCUGGAAAGUGCCUCAAUCCCCACAGAAUUCCUCAGGCUGAAACGGUACCGGUGGAUCGUGCCUGCCCGCGGUGAGGUGGAACUGAAGGUCCACUUCUCCACCAUAAAGCCAGGGAAGUUUGAGCAGACGCUGAGGUUUGAGCUCGUGCAGACAAAGCGCCAGUACGAGCUGCCCUGCAGUGGCACCAGCCUGUACCCCAGCAUCAGCCAGAACCCACGGGUGGUGUUUCCACAGUGGAGGAAAACCAUGGAGAAAGAUGAAGUUGUCGUCAAGGAAUAUGUUGAGAGCACAAAGCAAUUCCACUUUGGGCCGCUGCUGUGUGGGAAAUCAAGAGAGUGGUACGAGGCCCAGAACUGUCCCGGCAACUCGGAGAAUUUAACCAUCCUGAACAACUCCCCCGUGGACGUAGAGGUCCAGUUCUCCUUUGAGAAUGCUGGGGGAGCAGAGACGUUCCUUUUGGACCCUCCCAGCAUGGCACUGAAACCAAAGGAGAAGCAGGAGCUGACCAUUUGGGCAUACCCCACUUCCCCUGGCUUCCUGGAAGACAAACUCAUCUGCAGCAUUGGGAAGAACCCCAACCCAGUGGUCUUCAGCCUGUGCUGCCAUGGGGUGCACAUGAAGCUGGAGGUCAGCCCCCUGGAGCUGUCCUUUGACAAGCUGCUUCUGCACAGGACCGACAGCAGGACCUUGGUCCUGAGAAACUACACCCUGCUGCCCAUGUCCUGGCAGCUCAGUGGGCUGGAUGACCUUGUUGAGGACUUCUCCUUGUCACAAGAUAACGGCACCAUUGCUCCCCGCUCUGAGUUUGAAGUGACGGUGCAUUUCAAGGCCAGGCAGAUUGGCAGCAUGAAGAAGACCCUCCGACUAGAGGUUUCAGAUCCAGAAAACAUCGUGGGGGUUGUUCAGGCUGAAAACAUCAAAAUCUCUGCAGAGGUCUAUGACGUUUCUCUGAGCAUCGACAUGCCCAAAGGUCCAGAUGGAAGCUUGGAAUUUGGAACCAUUCAUGUCCUGGAUAACGUGAAGAAAGUCCUGACUCUAAAGAACAAAGGGCUAUACAACAUUGAGUACAGUUUCACGCUGAAGGGUGCAGGUCCCAGGAUGCAAAAUGUGGCAUCCCACUUCACUGUUGAGCCUCAGUCGGGCCUGCUGACUGCCUCCCAGCGUGGUGUGAAUGUUGAGCUGCUCUUCCACCCCAAAAGUGAAAUCCUCCUCAAGAACAAGCCCAUCCUGUACUGCCAGGUGAUAGAUGCCAGCUCAGGUGGAGGAGGCCAGGCUGUCGCCAACAUCCCAGUGAGGGUGUCAGCAAAAGCUGAGUACAGCAAGUACAGCAUUGAGCCUGCCUCACCCAUCGACUUUGGAGCCAUGAUCAAGGGCACCAAGGAGACCCAGACUGUCGUGCUGGAGAACAAAGGCAUGCUCGGCUUCAAAUUCCGCAUCCACGAGCACCCAAGGAGCUCUGUGAAAAUCAAACCCCAAACCCUGACCUUCACCAUCAGCGGGAAGGGGCACGAGCCGCAGCUGACAGUCGUGCGCCCGAGCGCUCGCAGCAAGAGGGGAAACGCCGUGCUGCGCUUCAAGCGGCUCCAGCUGGGGGAUUCAGAGACGCUGCCCCUGGUCAUCCGUAACGAUGGCAUCAUACCUGUCAAGUUUAUGUUACUCCUGGAGGAUGAGCAUGCAGCAUUCUUCUUGAAAGGCAGGGCCUCCGCACUCCGGAUAUUCCACGCUGGAGAUGCGGAAGAGGGCUCCGUUGGAAACGAGAGCAAGCCCCCAAAGAAGCCUUUCUUCCUUCUGCCUUGUGGGCAAUCAGCAGAGUUUGGUGUCAUUUUCAAACCCAGCCUGGCUCAGCAUCUGGAAGGGAAGAUCCGUGUGUUAGUGGGGGACACCUGGUCUGUCAAGACCCUAAUAGAGCUGGUGGGUGAAGGCCACAAGGACGAAUUCACCCUCAUUGGACUGGAGGAAGACACACAGGAGAGGAAUGCCAAGAUCAAUCUGAAGGAAGACGUCAUUGAUGCUGUCAGAGUGAUUCACAUCAAUUUUGGGGACUGUCCUGUCGGGAAGCCCUGCCACAGGACCUUCAGCAUCAGCAACCACAGCCAGACGAAGGUCAUGCACUUUGAGUGGGAGGCAGGUGCCCCAUUCCAGUUCUCCCCCAAGGUGGGACACCUCCAUCCUGGCUGUGCCAAGGACAUCACAGUGUCCUUGAAAUCAGAUGUCCCAGCCACCUUCAGGAGGCACCUGGUGAAAUGUAAGGUGACCAAGGUCAACUUUGAGCUGCCACAAAGGAAGGUUCCCGACUGGGAUGACCAAAUGCGCGCUGUCCCACGGAAGGAUACCACCAGGAAAGAGCUGGCAGCCAAGUGGCCUAAAACAGAGAAG